ACCUUACUGGGCUGUGCUGGGCUAUACUGGGCCUUACAGGGCUGUGCUGAACCUUACUGGGCUGUGCUGGGCCAUACUGGGCUGUACUGAGCCUUACAGGGCUCUGCUGGGCUGUACUGGGCCUUGCUGAGCUAUUCUGGGCCUUACUGGGCUGCAGUGGUUUCUGCUGGGCUGCACUGGGCUGCACUGGCCCUCACUGGAUGGUACUGGACAGUGUUGGGCUAUGCUGGGCCCUACUGGGUUGUAGUGAGCCUUACUGGGCCGUGCUGGGCUGUGUUGGGCCUUACUGGGUGGUACUGGGAUGUACUGGGCUGUGCUGGACCUUACUGGAUGGUACUGGGUUGGACUGGGUUGUGUUGAGCUUUACUGGGUUGUACAGGUCUAUACUGGGUUGUGCUGGACCUAACUGGGCUGUACUGGGUUGUACUGGGCUGUGCUGAGCCUUACUGGGUUGGACUGGGCCAUACCGGACUGUGCUGGCCUGUACUGGGUCAUGCUGGGCUGUACUGGCCCAUACUGGGAUGUAUUGGAAUGUACUGGGCUUUACUGGGUUUAUACUGGGGCAGUUUAUAUUGGCGUGUGCUGGUGCAUCAUGGCCCCUUCCGGUUUGUACUGGGCUGUACUGGGCCAUUCUGCACUAUACUGGGCUGUGCUGGGUCAUACCGGCCCAUACUGGCUUAUACUGGGCCAUGCGUGGUUGUGCUUGUGGUAACUCUUACUGGGCCAUACUGGGCUGGUCUCUACUGGGCCACGCUGGAAUGUACUAUGCGUUGCCGAACCGUACUGGUUAGUACUGGGCUGUGCUGGGUCAUACUGGGUGCUAUUCCAGGCCUUACUGGGCCAUACUGGGGUGUGCAGAGCCGUGCUGGGCUGGACUGGUGCUUACUGGUGCGUACUGGUCCGUACUGGCCCAUCCCCUGUCCCUACAGGCCCCACCGCGAGCCCCGGACGGGACCGAGAUGGAGCCGUGAGAGGAGGCUCCGCUGCCCGCCCCCCGUCCACCGCCCCCCCCCACCCCCGGCGCCGCCGGCGGAGGAUGGCGAAGCUGCUGGUGCCGCUGGUGGUGCUGGGGGCGGUGGCGGGGGCCCAGCGCUGCCCCCCCCGCUGCCUGUGCCCGGCGGCCGCCCCCAGCCCCACGCUGCUGUGCGCCCGCACGGGGCUGCUGGCGGUGCCGCCCAGCCUGGACCGCGGGGCGGUGGAGCUGCGCCUGGCCGACAACUUCAUCGGGGCCGUGGGGCGCGCCGACUUCGCCAACAUGAGCAGCCUGGUGCACCUCACGCUGUCCCGCAACGGGCUGCGGCGCCUGGCGCCCGGCGCCUUCGCCGACCUGCGCGCCCUGCGCGCGCUGCACCUGGACGGCAACCGGCUGCCGGCGCUGAGCGGGGCGCAGCUGCGGGGCCUGGCCAGCCUGCGGCACCUCAUCCUGGCCAACAACCAGCUGGCCGCCAUCGAGCCCGCCGCCUUCGCCGCCUUCGCCGCCACCGUGGAGGACCUGGACCUGUCGCACAACAACCUGCCGGCGCUGCCCUGGGAGGCGGUGGCCGGCAUGGCGAGCCUGGCCACGCUGACGCUCGACCACAACCUGCUGGAGCGCGUCCCCGCCGGCGCCCUGGCUCGCUUGCCGCGCUUGGCCCGCCUGGACCUCACCGCCAACCGGCUGCGGGCGCUGCCGCCGGUGCCGGGCCCGCCGGGCCCCAGCUUGGCGGCGGGCGGCAACCCGCUGCACUGCAACUGCGAGCUGCUGUGGCUGCGGCGCUUGGCGCGGCCGGACGGGCUGGAGAGCUGCGCCUCGCCGCCGCCGCUCGCCGGCCGCCUGCUCUGGGCCGUGCCGGAGGAAGAGCUGGCGUGCCGCGCGCCCGCCAUCGCCGGGGCGGCCGCCAGCCCGGCCGCCGUGCUGGAGGGGCAGCCGCUGCGCCUGGGCUGCGCCGCCGCCGGGGACCCGCCGCCGGCGCUGCACUGGCUGGGCCCCGACGGGCGGCUGGUGCAGAACGGCUCACGGCGGGCGCUGGGGGCCGACGGCUCGCUGCAGCUGCGGGUGGCCACGCUGCGGGACCACGGCGCCUUCACCUGCGUGGCUUCCAACGCCGCCGGCGAGGCGGCCGCCCGCGUGCAGGUGGCUGUGCUGCCGCUGCCCGUGCCCCGCCGGGACGGGGACGGCGACGGCGAGGCUCAGCCCGGGCCCGAGCCCUCGGACAUGGCCCGCGCCGGCGGCAACGAGUCACGGCCAGCGGGCGAGCGGCGCAUCGUGGCGGCCGAGCUGACGGCCUCCUCGGCGCGCAUCCGCUGGCUGCCGCAGCGCCACGUGCCCGGCAUCCGCAUGUUCCAGAUCCAGUACAACAGCUCCCUCGACGACUCCCUCGUCUACAGGCUGCUGCCGCCCUCCAGCCGGAGCUUCGUGCUGCGGGACCUGGCGGCGGGGCGCGAGUACGACCUCUGCGUCUCGGCGCUCUACGCCGAAGGCACGGCCACGCCGCCCGCCACCCGCGCCCUGGGCUGCGUCCGCUUCGCCACGGCCGGGGGGAGCCCCGGCUGCACCGCCCCCCGGCCCCAUUUCCUGGGGGGCACCGUCAUCAUCGUCAUCGGCGCCGCCAUCGCCGCCUCCGUCCUCGUCUUCAUCCUCAUCCUCACCGCCCGCUACAAGGCCGCCCGCCGCCUGCCCGCAGCCAACGUCGCCAGCGUCUGCUCCCAGACCAACGGCACCCACAGACCCCCCGAGCCGGAACCGCCGCCACCACCGCCGGCCCCCCCGGCACCUCCGGUACUGGCACCCUUGGGUGCUUCCGGGGGUGCCCGGGGGCUUUUUCCCAGCCACAGCUACCCGCGGCGCGCCCGGACUCGGCGGCACGGCUCCCUGCCCCGCCUCGACGCGCCCGACACCCUCCCCACCCUGCGCCCGUCCUUCGGCAGCACCCACUGGAUGCUGGAGAGCACCGUCUAAAGGGGGGGGCGGGGGGAGGGCAGCACCCCAGGGUGCUAGAAUGCAGCCCGGGGUGCUCCCAAGCACCCUUGGGUGCCUGACUGGGUGCUUGAAUGUGCAGGCCGGGGUGCUCCCGAGCACCCUUGGGUGCCUGCUGGGUGCUUGAAUGUGCAACCUGGGGUGCCCCCGAGCACCCUUGGGUGCCAGCACACUGCUCCCCCAAACUACCCCCACCCCGGGAGCCUGAACGCAGCCGGCGGUGCCCGUGCACCCCUUGGGUGCGUCCCGGGUGCCUCCCUGCAGCCCCCAGCACCCUUGGGUGCUGCUCCAGGGGGGGGUCCCCGCCUGCACCCGUGGGCCUCCCACGCGCUCCCCUCAUUGGUGUCCUUGUGCCCCCCUUUCUUCGCCCCCCCCCCCCCCCCCCCCCCGGGGUUGGGGGCACCCGUAUGCAACCCAGCACCCACGCGAGUGCGCCCCGCCACACCAGCGCACCCUGGGACUUGUGGGCACGCGUGUGUGCCCGGCCUGCCCCCCCCCUUACGCCCCCCUCUUCCCAGUUCCCAUCUGUCCCCCCCCCCGCGGUGCCUUUGGCCGGGCGGCGGCGGUGGGGGGGCCCCGCACACGCCACUGACAUGUCUGCACAAAUGACACGAGACCCGCAGCCCCCCCCCUUCUAUCUGGCUGGUCUGGAUAAACCCGCGGGGGUCGGGCCCCCCCCGCAAAUGCCCCUCUCAGCCCUAUUUGCCCCCGCCCCAAAAAAAAGCCCCUUCAACCUGC